AUGAUCUACAGUGCCGGAUGCUUGCCCUUCACCGUGAAGAACAAUCAGAUAUACUUCCUCCUGGGUAAGGACAGGACGGAUGGUCGCGAAAGCGAUUUCGGCGGGAGGUCGGAAGAUGUGGAUAAGGGGGAUCCGAAGAGGACUGCGAUCAGAGAAUUCUACGAAGAGACCAUUGGCAUGAUAUUAGACAUGGAAGAAGUGGAGGCUCGCUUGAAGGAUCCAGGUAAGAUGGAGCUCCUGGACCCGGUCACGCUCUUUGCGAUGGCGUGCUUGAUCUUCAUAGCGUGGAUGAAGUAUAAGGACCGACUCUUCAGAGCAGAGCAUGAUCUGUACGACACGGACGACGAAGCAGACACGUACAGCGAAGCGGCCAAGGACGACGAUGGCGACGAGGAUAAGAUCUCCGAGCUAGAACGGGUACUUCGACGCAUGACUCGCUGA